AUCGACCUCAGGCUUCAAUGUCACGUGUGCUUACAUAACGAACGACGACGUUGGAGAUUCUCUGGAGCUUUGCCCGGAUUGCACACUCUCAGACCACUCUUUUGCAUGACUUCAACACCACAACUACACCACUCUCUGUCCCAAUUGCGCUUCGCGAUCCCCUCAGAACAACCCGCCAAAAUGCUCGCUCGUGCCGCCGCCCGCGCGGUCCCCCAGACCCGUGCCGUUGUCGCUCGCCGCGGCUUCCAGACCACCCGCGCCCAGAUGUCCUCGCCGUACCACUACCCCGAGGGCCCCUACUCCAACCUCCCCUUUAACCCCAAGUCCAAGUGGUUCGCCCCUGGUUUCUGGACCUACGCUGCCGUUGGCUUCUUCGCCCCCUUUGGCAUCGCCGUCUGGCAAACCAAGAAGCCCAAGGCUUAAGGGCCAUGUCUGCGUUUUCCUUGAGUCGAUCGCAAGUGUACAGCAUGGAUUGGGUUGGAACGGAGGACGACUAUGUACAAAGCAGAAAUAGAGACUUUUCGUCCUCACCGACCGCUUACGAACGAAUCGCUCCUAGCGCAACCAUGCCGUAUAGAUAUUUUGACUGACGCUACGUUGUUACCAAGCCAUAAUCUUCAAAGAGUGUUGGAAAAUAUUGGUUGGUCUGAUGAAUCAGAUAAGCCAA